AUGAGCACCAUCGACACCUCCCUGCACGCGCACACAUCCGGACGCGCCGCGAGCUACGCGGCCGCGCACCAGGCGCCUAGCGGCCUGGUCCUGUACGGCGGAUGGUUCUGCCCGUUCGUGCAGCGGGCGUGGAUCGUGCUGCACGAGAAGAAGAUCGCGCACCAGUACGUCGAGAUCAACCCUUACAAGAAAGAGGCCGGCUUCUUGGCGCUGAAUCCGAGAGGCUUGGUGCCGACGCUUGCUGUCCCUAACGAGAACGAGAAGAAGAAGCCGCUCUACGAAAGCAGCGUCAUCUGCGAGUAUCUCGACGAAGUGUACACCGACCCCAGCCGGUACGGCCCCUCGUUGUACCCGACGGAUGCGUACGAGCGGGCCCGCGCGCGCAUCUGGCUCGACCACAUCAGCGGCAAGAUCGUGCCGGCGUUCUACCGUUUCAUGCAGCACUCCGAGGCCAAGUCGUAUACGCUGGCGGAGGCGCGCGACGAGUUUCUCGGCCAUUUAAAGACGUUCAUCCACGAGGCGGACGCCGAGGGCCCUUUUUUUCUCGGGAAGGGGUUCAGCAUCGUCGAUGUUAUGCUUGCACCGUGGCUGUGUCGGUCGUUCUUGUUCGACGUGUAUAAGCAGGGUGGGCUGGGGGUGCUGACUGAGGGGGAGGGUGGGGAGGACGAGGCAGUUUGGAAACGUUGGAGGAGUUGGGCGGAUGCGGUGAUGAGCAGGCAGAGCGUCUUGGAUACGUUGAGUGAAAGGGAGCAGUAUGUCAAUGCGUACCGCAGGUAUGCGGAGGAUACUACGCAGAGUGAGGUGGCGAGGGCGACGAGGGAGGGAAGACGGCUGCCCUGA